UCCCCCCAUGCACAGCCCCCCCCUCACAACCCCAGCAACCCCAUGAUGGGACCCCACGGCCAGCCUUUCAUGUCGCCCCGGUACCCAGGUGGACCACGCCCCUCGCUCCGAAUGCCAAAUCAGCCUCCUGGGGGUAUCCCUGGCUCUCAGCCUCUCCUGCCAAACAGUCUGGACCCAACAAGACCGCAAGGACAUCCAAACAUGGGUGGGCCAAUGAGAAUGAACCCUCCUCGAGGGAUGGCCAUGGGACCACAGAACUAUGGGGGAAUGAGGCCUCCUCCCAACUCCAUGGGUGGUCCCAUGCCAGGAAUGAACAUGGGUCCAGGAGGAAGAGGACCAUGGCCGGGCCCUAAUGCUAACUCUAUAGCUUACUCGUCCUCAUCUCCGGGCAACUAUGUGGGUCCCCCGGGAGGAGGAGGUCCACCCGGGACUCCCAUCAUGCCCAGCCCAGGUGACUCCACCAACUCCAGUGAAAACAUCUAUACAAUGAUGAACCCCAUUGGACCGGGAGGAAACAGACCCAAUUUUCCCAUGGGACCAGGGCCCGACGGGCCCAUGGGAGCCAUGGGAGCCAUGGAGCCACACCACAUGAACGGAUCACUAGGCUCUGGGGAUAUGGACGGGCUGCCAAAGAAUUCCCCUAAUAACAUGGGGGGCAUGAACAACCCUCCCGGGACACCGCGAGAUGACAGUGAGAUGGGCGGGAACUUCUUGAACCCAUUCCAAAGUGAAAGUUAUUCACCCAACAUGACGAUGAGUGUGUGAUUUUAUUAUUUUGUUCCUUUUUUUGUAUUUUGUUUCUGUUUAUUUUACCCCCCCCCCUCCUUUUUGUACCCCUCUGCCAUUUUUUUUCCCUCCCUGAUCCCUCCUUCACCUUGGAUUGGACAUUUUGCCCAACCACCUCCCCAAAUCCUGUCAUCCCACACACAAACACAUAACCCUCCCUCACCAUCCAAAUGGACUCUCCCUAUGGCCGCACAGCCUUCUGGGACAGCCCUUGAGCAUCCUGGGACUCUAAUUAAGACGGGACCUCCUGGAGCGUGCAAGAUGGCCGCCGGUAUGAAUAGGAAGCAGUUACAGAGCCACAGGAAGAGCCUGCUCUCUGUUUCCAGCCCCAGCCUCCCUGGCUUCCUGUCAGGGCCUGGACAAUGAGCGAGGGAAUGAGCAAAAUGGUGGAGAGAGUGAGAGAUAGAGGGAGAGAGGAGACUGGAUCACUCGACCCUCCCCUGAGGACAGACUUAGGGAGGUCGUUUUCAGCUGCCUGGAAGCUUCUCAGCCACGUUUGGACUUGAAUUAUUUUGAUUAUUAAUUUCUUUUGUUUGUUUGUUUGUUUGUUUGUUUGUUUGUUUGCUGAUCCCUCCAGUCCAGUGCUGGGAUAAAUGCAACUACUCCUUUGCCCCUAUAUUGUUCUCUCUGUGUGUACAUUUUCAACGGAGGUGUUGUGAUGAUUCAAUGAAAAUUUUUCCUUUUUUGUCUCUGUAUGUAUUGUAUCAUUGCUUUUUUUUUUGUUUUGUUAUUGUAUUAUUGUUAUUAAUGCUAUUGGUAUGCUGAUAAUUUUAAGAUUUGGUCCUUAUUUCUUUUUUGUUUUCUCUGCUAAGGGCACAUUGCUAUGAUGAAGAUGGGAUUUCGCACACAAAGACAUGCAUACAGAAUGUGUAGUACUGUUUGUAUUGGCUGUCCUGAGUUGCCAUCCUCCCGGGCAGAAUUGUAGAAUAGUAUUAGCUGUUAUGUCAAAAUCUUAUUGCACAUUUGAUGUGUCUAAAGCGCCCCCUAGGGGGGGCUAUAGGAAGGUAAGAUUUUAUCCAUCACGGUACUAUCGAUUGGCCCUUUUUGUCUUCCUCAGAGGCAUCUUAACUUGAUUCAAAUUUAAGAUGUUUUUUUCCAACUGUCUGGUUCAAUCAACCAAACAAGAAGAAGAAGCAACCCCAGUUUUAGUAGUCACCAUGCAGUGAAAUGCACAGCUCUAUUUAUUUAAGUACUUUGAGAUGUCACGUGAAUCAUUGUUAACCCCCCCCCCAAACUUAUCCCUGUUUUGAACCCCAGAAUUUGUAGCAAUCGUGUGAAUAUGGGGAUCCAGUCAGUAGUGUCCCUUCUUCUCUGUUUCGGCGCUGACUUUAUCAGGCCCCUCUAUCCUCUUCUAUGAGGUACAGACGACCUCUGAAGCGCAGACCAUCACGUUCUAACUGCUUCCUCCAAUGCUAACCACUCGGGUCCGUGUUCACUCUCAAUGUCAAGGCUCCGUCGUAGUCUCUCUGCUGAGCCGUAGCAUGACCCCGGAUGGUUUUGGCCAGCUUCACACGCUGAUAUGUCCCUAAGACACUGUGAUCUAUAUCUGCCUAUGCUGUGUGGAUGUACUUUAUACACCGCACAGCUUUGAGGAGAACAUUCAAGAUUUUUUUGUUAAUUACCCAGGAUUCAGUGUUCCCUCUUUACAUUUGCUGUGGGUGCAAGGACUCGUGUCCCUUUUGGUCUCUGUGAAUUGGGUUGCUGAUAGAUCUUCGGCUUUUCUCGCGGCGGAACUAGCAAUCAGGGAGCGGCAAGGCGCCAUCAUGGUGACUGUAGUGAGUGGUUUGUUUGCUCAGAGAAGUCCUCGUCCGUCCCUUCCCCUGUCUCACUUCUCCAUCGGGCCUAUAGAACAGACACACACACCGCCACCCCCCCCCCUCUCUCUCUCUAAUUUUGUACAACUUCUCCAUCGUUUUUUGAGUUUUAUUUUUUUUUUGUAAAUACUGUAAAAUGCAUUUUGAUAUCAUUGACAUGUUUUGAUAUUUCAAAUCACAACUAACAAUCGAUCAGAGAUGCGCUGAUUUGGGCAACUGUGGUAUUUGUUCAAAGACAUGUCGUGUCUUUACUCAGAGAAUAUGAGCGAUGAGAAAAACAAACUGGAGCUGCUAUGAACCAUAUGCUAUUUCACCUCACAACAGACAGCUUGGGCCUUUACUGUGCAUUAGAGUUGGGGUCCCAACUGGGUUGGGGUCUUGGGGUCCCAACCGGACCAGGGAGAUAAAAAAAAAUCAACGAUAGCUGCGUAUGCAUACAACUUUAGCUAAGUCACUGUCAUACAGAUUCCUCUGAGAAAAAGGAGAGAAAAAAAGUUCAAAUAUGAUUCAGGGGGUUCCUUUCUGCAAACCGGGAGACAGAGGCGGGGUUUCACACGGGGACACGCCCCCUUCGCCCGUCGCCACUGACAACCGCUGCAACUGCAUUUCAGCUUCUGUCCCUCCAGCAAACUUCUGCAGCGGAUCACUGAAACGUAAAGCAGGGCACAUGCACAACAGGACACUGGCUCUCAAAAGAAACACCCGGGACCAGAGGACAAACUUUACUAUGAAGGAUUUUUUUUUUAAUCUAUUUAAAAUGGGGAGGGGAGUGGCAAGCAGACACAUUUGCCCUUAUCGAAUAGAGAAGGUAGAGAGAGAGAACGAGGGAACAAGUUUCCUCGCCUGUACCUUGAAAAUAUGUUGUAUAAAAAAAAGCAGUCCUAGUCUCUCUCUCUCUCUCUCUCUCUCUCUCUCUCUCUCUCUCUCUCUCUCUCUCUCUCUCUCUCUCUCUCUCUCUCUCUCUCUCUCUCUCUCUCUCCCUGUCUUUCUUUCUGUCCUGUAAGUAAAGCCGUCACGUUGAUCCUUUCUGUAUUUCUAUUGUGCUGAUGUAUAAUACUGUACCAUUCAGUGGGGGAGGGAGGAGAGGGGAGGGGGGAGUCUGAGAGAUUCUUCAGUUCUGUUCCUCGUUUUCCUCUCGAUGACAAAGCAGUAUUGGAUAUGACGCAGUCGGUCCUCGCCGGGUGGGGGUUGCUUUGUAUCUCAUGUUAGGGUAGUUUCAGAUCCUAAAUGUCUUGUGUAGUAAAAAAAAAAAAAAGAGGUUCCUUCUUCGUAUGUUCCUUUAUAUUGUAAAGUUUCUUUAGACGAAAAAAAUGUUGCUUAUCGGAAAAAAGGUGGGAAAACUGCAUCGUUAAUAAAUGUAAUUUUGUUUUACCUUUUUAUGUUUUUAUUUUUCAAGUCGUCAGUCGUUUUCGCCUGUGUCCUCCCUUGUUGUAGAUACAUAUUAAAGAAAAAAAAACGAAUAAAACUGAAUUCACUCCUUUUGCCAUGAA